AUGGAUCCUUUUGGAUGUACCAAAUUUGAGCACAAGCUUGAAGAUGACGAAGUUUGUGGGAAUAAAGAAGAAUUAGGUUCCCAUGCAAAUGACCCUAUUCAAAGUUUAACCAAGAAUGAUGUUCUUGAAAUGCAAUUCAAUUCAGAAGAGGAUGCCAAUGAUUUCUAUAAUCAAUAUGCUAAAGUUGUGGGAUUUAGCAUUAGGAAAGACACGCGAACAAUGCAGGCAACAAAGGUUCUUAGUAGAAAAUGGGUAUGCUCAAGGCAAGGCCAAAGAGCAAAGCAACACUUGGCCCGUAUUGAUCGAAAAAGAGCUGCCAGGGCAUUGACUAGAGUUGGUUGUGAUGCUCAUUUCCGCAUAAGGUACAAUCUGGAUGCACUUAGUAGAAAAUGGGUAUGCUCAAGGCAAGGCCAAAGAGCAAAGCAACACUUGGCCUGUAUUGAUCGAAAAAGAGCUGCCAGGGCAUUGACUAGAGUUGGUUGUGAUGCUCAUUUCCGCAUAAGGUACAAUCUGGAUGUAGGAAAAUACAUUGUCACUCACUUUAACAUGGAACAUAACCAUCCAUUGGCAACAUCACCAUGUGUGCCAUUUCUUCGGUCGCAUAGGUUUGUAAAGAUCCCCGACAAAGCUCAAGUAAAGACUUUGCACAAUGUUGGUGUCAAGACAAGCCAGAUAAUGGAUUUGUUGGUGCAACAAUCUGGGUCUUUCGCGAACGUGGGCUUUAUUCACAAGGAUUUGCACAAUUAUAUUCAAGCCGAGUGCAAAGUAAAAAUGAAGGAUGAUGAUGCGGAGUGUGCUUUGGCUUACUUAUGUGCAAAAGCUGAUGCUGACCUUUACUUCUUUUACAAGUAUGACAAGGAUCAAGAGAAUCGGCUUGACAAAUUGUUUUGGGCAGAUUCAAGGUCUCGCCUAGACUAUGUUGCAUUUGGUGACGUGUUGGUCUUCGAUACAACUUAUAAAACGAAUGCAUAUAACAAACCUUUUGUUAUUUUCGCCGAGGUCAAUAACCAUUUUGAAACCACCAUAUUUGCAUGCAGCUUGCUUGUUGAUGAGACAAUUGCAACAUACACAUGGGUUUUGCAGAAGUUGUUAGAGGCCAUGGAUAACAAAAGACCGGUGUCAGUGUUGACAGAUGGGGAUAUGGCCAUGCAUGAGGCAAUACAAAAAGUCUUCCCAAGUGCCAAGCAUCGUCUAUGUAAUUGGCAUAUGCACAGAAAUGCCAAGCGAAAUGUUCGAGUUGAUGGAUUCGAGGGACAUUUCAAGCAUCUCAUGGAUCUUGAUGCGAAUGAGGUUGUAUUUGAGGAAGCUUGGAGUAAGAUGGUUAGAAAAUAUGGCCUUCAAAAUAACAAGUGGGUAUCAGACACCUACAACAACAAAGGCAUGUGGGCUCAGUCAUAUUUGCGUGGUCAUUUUUUUGCUGGAAUGAAGAGCAGUCAGCGUUGUGAGGGUAUGCAUGCUUUUUUCAAUGAGCACCUCAAACGAAAACUGAAACUAUUCGAAUUUGUUAGAUGUUUUGACAUGGCCCUUUAUCGGUUACGGAACAAAGAAGCGGAUGCCGAGGCAAAAACUGACAACAGUGAUCCUUGUCUUACCACAGCACUUCAGCCUCUAGAGAAACAUGCAGCAACCAUCUUUACCAGGCGUUUGUUCUUAAUGUUCCGUAAUGAAAUAAUUGAGGAAGCAUUGUUGAUUUUUGAUGGAAGGAAAGAGGAGUUCGAUCAUCGCAUAUACAAAUUUUCAAAGUACACUGAAUUUGGUUCCACAUGGGAAGUGUCGUUGUGUGAUGCAUCGUUGGACAAAGCAAGCAAGAAAGGUUGGUGA